CUCUUCCGCCGCAGUGGGAGGAAGUGAAGCCACCAGAAACGGCUGCAGCAGCAGCAGCAGCAGCCGCCGCCGCGCCAUCGAACGAAAAUUGACCAAAACACGCAGGAUAGCAGCCGUUGCCACUGCCGCCGUGACAUGUUCGCUACCGGAACCGGGCAGCGACCAGCGUCUGCUUGGUGAGCCCGACGGAUAAAACCGAAUCCCAGCCACGGAACCUGAGCCGGACAGAGGCGCCCCCAGCUCGGCCAGCCGUUCGGAAGGAAUCGCGCGCGGGGAGCUGGCGGAGCACGAAGCCCCCCACCCCGAUACUUCCCUGCCGUGUGUCGGUUGGGACGCGGCCGCCCAAAGCCCCGGUGGUCUCCCAGGUGCCCUCCGCCCUUUUUUAAACAUUCUCAUUCUUCUCGCCGCCAUUUGCGUCGCGGAGGCAGGCAAAGUUGAGCAAGUAAAGUGCAGCCUCUCGUCGCCCCUGAAGCUCCCCAAAGCGCUAUGGAAGCUGUCUGGCCCCGUUGACGUCGCUUGGGACGCCCGCGCGUUUUGCAGGCCGCCCGAUUCCCCCCAAACCGGACACACACGUCGAGCUGCCUGCCUGCCUGCCUGCCGGGUAGCCCGCUAGCCUAGCGUGUUUGCUCCGCUCCGCGGCAAGCUUUUUUUCAGUAGGAAUCUUUAUUGACAAAUUGUGCUCAGCACGCGACGCUGUCGAGGCGACGGCGCCUUAGCAUCCUGGCUAGCCCCGAUGCUAAGGCAACAUCGCCGUCGUAACGUUUAGCUUCCUGGCUGGCUAGCCGCGUGCUAACGAGCUCAGCGAGCAUCGCUGUCGUUCGUGUUUAGCAUCCUGACGCGAGCUCGCAAGGAGGACGAGGCUCGUUACGCGGCCCGGGAGGCGACGUCGGUGCGGGCAGGACUGACUGACUGACUGACGGACGGACGGACUGACUGACUGACGGACGGACUGACUGACUGUUUGUGGAAUGCAAACGAGGCUCCCUCGCGCGUGUUUACUCGCUGGGGGGCAUUUGCUUUACGACGAGAAUAUUUUCUAUUUUUUCCUUUUUUGGGGGGGUUGCUUUAAAGGCGCAACAGCUGGCGGAUCUUUUCAGCUUCUCGAUCGGAGCAAACGCGCACCGUGUGAAAAACCUCCCGCCCGCCAGCAGCUCGGCCGGCCGGCCGGCGUGGACCUUGUCUUCGGGGCUUGAAAGGAGACACAUGCUGUAUCGAGCCGCCAGGAUCCCUCAGGGCACUUAAUGGGAUUACGAGAUCGCCGAUUGAACAUUCGCUGAAGACAGCCAGCGGCAUGACACGGUGAGGGAGCCGUGGACAUUCGCAGGAACUCAGUCCAGCCCAGCAGCAGCAGCAGCAGCAGCAGCAGCAGCAACAACAAAACGCCCCCCCACCCCCCAGAUGCUGGUCCCAUCUGGCGUCGGAGGAGCCCCGCGUUUGUGAACGACUGUUGAGCGAGCGUGAAGAUGGCUGACCUGGAGGCUGUGCUGGCUGACGUCAGCUACUUGAUGGCGAUGGAGAAAAGCAAGUCGACCCCUGCCGCCAGAGCCAGCAAGAAGAUCAUCCUGCCCGAGCCCAGCAUCCGCAGCGUGAUGCAGAAAUAUCUGGAGGAGCGUGACGAGCUCACCUUUGACAAGAUCUUCAACCAGAAGAUUGGCUUCCUGCUCUUCAAGGACUUUUGCACCAACGAGAUCGACGAGGCCGUCCCGCAGCUCAAGUUCUAUGAGGAAAUCAAAGAGUACGAGAAGCUGGACUCGGAGGAGGAAAGACUCAGUCGCAGUCGUCAGAUCUACGACGGCUACAUCAUGAAGGAGCUGCUGUCGUGUUCGCACCCCUUCUCCAAAAAAGCCGUGGACCACGUCCAGAGUCAUCUGGCCAAGAAGCUGGUCCCCCCCGCCCUCUUCCAGCCCUACAUCGUGGAGAUCUGCGACAGCCUGCGGGGGAGCAUCUUCCUCAAGUUCAUCGAGAGCGACAAGUUCACCAGAUUUUGCCAGUGGAAGAACGUGGAGCUCAACAUCCACCUGACAAUGAACGACUUCAGCGUCCACCGCAUCAUCGGCCGCGGCGGCUUCGGCGAAGUGUACGGAUGCAGGAAGGCCGACACGGGAAAGAUGUACGCCAUGAAGUGUCUGGAUAAGAAGCGCAUCAAGAUGAAGCAGGGCGAGACGCUGGCGCUCAACGAGAGGAUCAUGCUGUCGCUCGUCAGCACGGGGGACUGCCCGUUCAUCGUGUGCAUGACGUACGCAUUCCACACGCCCGACAAGCUCUGCUUCAUCCUGGACCUCAUGAAUGGCGGCGACCUGCACUACCACCUGUCGCAGCACGGCGUCUUCAGCGAGAAGGAAAUGCGAUUCUACGCCGCCGAGAUCAUCCUGGGCCUGGAGCACAUGCACAACCGCUUUGUGGUCUACAGGGACCUGAAGCCCGCCAACAUCCUGCUGGACGAGCACGGUCACGUCCGCAUCUCCGACCUGGGCCUUGCGUGCGACUUCUCCAAGAAGAAACCGCACGCCAGCGUGGGCACCCACGGCUACAUGGCCCCCGAGGUUCUGCAGAAGGGAACGGCGUACGACAGCAGCGCCGAUUGGUUCUCGCUGGGCUGCAUGCUCUUCAAGCUGCUUCGAGGGCACAGCCCGUUCAGGCAGCACAAGACCAAAGACAAACACGAGAUUGACAGGAUGACGCUGACCAUGAACGUGGAGCUCCCCGACUCGUUCACCGCGGAACUGAAGGAACUCCUGGAAGGGCUCCUGCAGCGCGACGUUUCCAAGAGGCUGGGCUGCCAGGGACGAGGAGCUACGGAGGUCAAGGGACAUCCCUUCUUCAAGGGCCUGGACUGGCAGCAGGUCUACCUGCAGAAGUACUCGCCGCCGCUCAUCCCGCCCAGAGGGGAAGUCAACGCCGCCGACGCCUUCGACAUCGGCUCCUUUGACGAGGAGGACACCAAGGGCAUCAAGCUGCUGGACAGCGACCAGGAGCUGUACAAGAACUUCCCGCUGGUCAUUUCCGAGCGUUGGCAACAGGAAGUGGCCGAGACGGUCUACGACGCCGUCAACUCGGACACGGACAAGAACGAGGCCCGCAAGAGGGCCAAGAACAAACAGCUGGGACACGAGGAAGACUACGCGCUGGGCAAGGAUUGCAUCAUGCACGGCUACAUGCUGAAGUUAGGGAACCCCUUCCUCACGCAGUGGCAGAGGCGCUACUUUUAUCUCUUCCCCAACCGUGUGGAGUGGCGGGGAGAGGGGGAGUCACGGCAAAACCUUCUGACCAUGGAGCAAAUUGUCUCGGUGGAGGAGACGCAGAUUAAAGACAAGAAGUGCAUCCUGCUGCGCAUUAAAGGAGGGAAGCAGUUUGUGCUGCAGUGUGAGAGCGACCCCGAGUUGGUGCAGUGGAAGAAGGAGCUGACGGAGGCGUUCAGCGAAGCUCAGAAGUUGCUGCGCCGCGCGCCCAAGGUCAUCGGCAAGAGUCGCACCGGCGGAGUGGUGGAGCUCUCCAAACCCCCCCUCACGCACCGCAACAGCAACGGCCUGUGAACACACACACACAGACAUGCACUCACACACUCACUCUCACACAAACACACACACACA